AUGGCUUGGAGAAAUCAAGGCAUCACCGGUUCUAACAACAUUCCCUUGGGGAAGCGCCGCUUUGGUGGCGAUGCCGAUAAGGACAAGGAAGAUGACGCAACUAAUGGUAACAUCACGACUUCGAACGGCAUCGAGAAUGGCGAUCUCAAGCGCGGCCGCAGUCCGGAGCGUUCCGAAGAACCGCGUCGUCGAAAGAAGCGUAAUCGUUGGGGCCAGGCUAGUGACAACAAGGCUGCUGGUUUAAUGGGCUUGCCUACCGCAAUCGUUGCCGACAUGACCGCAGAGCAGCUGGAAGCCUACACAUUGUAUCUGCGCAUUGAGGAGAUUACCCAGAAGCUAAAGAUCGACGAUGUUGUUCCCGCUGAUGGAGACAGGUCUCCAUCUCCGCCCCCCCAGUACGACAACCAUGGCCGUCGCAUCAAUACUCGCGAGUAUCGUUAUCGCAAGCGCCUCGAAGAUGAGCGUCACAAGCUGGUCGAGAAGGCCCUCAAGACGAUCCCCAACUACCAUCCACCUUCCGAUUAUCGCCGGCCAACCAAGACCCAAGAGAAGGUUUACGUGCCAGUCAACGACUACCCAGAGAUCAACUUCAUUGGUUUACUCAUCGGUCCUCGUGGCAAUACACUCAAAAAGAUGGAGGCAGAGUCUGGUGCCAAGAUUGCUAUCCGUGGCAAAGGUUCCGUUAAAGAGGGCAAAGGGCGGUCUGAUGCUGCCCAUUCCAGCAAUCAGGAGGAAGAUCUGCACUGCUUGAUCAUGGCAGACACUGAGGAGAAGGUCCAGAAGGCCAAGAAGCUGAUUCACAAUAUUAUUGAGACAGCUGCCUCUAUCCCCGAGGGUCAAAAUGAGCUUAAGCGAAGUCAGCUCCGUGAAUUGGCUGCUCUGAACGGCACACUGCGUGACGAUGAGAACCAGGCCUGUCAGAAUUGCGGUCAGAUCGGUCAUCGCAAGUACGACUGCCCCGAAAGGCAAAAUUACACGGCCAAUAUCAUUUGCCGUGUCUGUGGUAACGCCGGCCAUAUGGCUCGUGAUUGCCCAGACAGGCAGAAGGGUGCCAGCUGGCGCAAUGAUGGUCCUCGGGGCGGCAGUCGGUUUGGAGGUGGCGAUGCUGUGGAUCGCGAAUAUGAGCAACUCAUGCAAGAACUUGGUGGUGGCCCUGCUCCUGCGCGCAUUGAAGCUGGUCCCAGCUCUGGCUCUGGAGGUGGGAGCGAGCGCCCGUGGGCUCGUGGUCCCACAGGUGGUCCUGCCCCGUGGCGCGUUCGUAACAACAACCCCAGCCACGAUACGGAUGGUGCUCCUUCGGGCCCUUCAGGCGGGACUGCUCCAUGGGUGCGUGACCGCGAGAGAGAUCGUGAUCGCGGAUUCCGCGGGUCAGACGGCCCUGCCGCAGGCGACAGUUACUUUCCAGGCCAGCCCUCGUACGGAAGUGCUUCUGCACCUCCUGGAACUGCACCUUGGCAUCAGGCACCUCCCAUGAAUGCUCAGCCUCCUCCGCCGCCGUUUGGUUAUCCUAGCUAUGGAGCUUAUGGUGCCCCCGGUGCUCCUCCAGGUCUUCCUAUUCCGCCGCCUGGCCUUCCUCCUCCCCCUCCUCCCCCUGGAGCGUCAGCUCCUGGUGCUGCUCCUCCCGGUCUUCCUGGUGGUCUCAACACACUUAUCCAGCAAUAUGCUGGCGCUGUGCCCCCACCGCCCCCGCCGCCCCCGCCACCUCCCGCUGGAGAUGCUCCUCCUCCUCCUCCGCCCAUGGACUUGCCGCCUCCUCCUCCCCCUUCCGGUGCUUAA